AUGGACAAUAAAUGGAUAGGACUAAUCUACUUCAUAAUUUUAAGACAAUCAAUAGCUUUCGAUGAAGAGAAUAUGAAUGAAUCUCUCAAGGAGACAUCACAAGUAGAAGUUAGAGCUGUGUUCAUAAACUGCGAACCAGUACAGGAAGUAAGCGUAGCGCCAGAUAGCGACUCGAUGCGUUUCGAGCGAGAAGAACUCUUCAAGCACAGUGUACUACGCGACUGCUACAAAAAGUUGGCAGUCACUGUCAAAAUAGUUAGCGAGCCCGAACAAAAUUCAGGAGAUGAAUACCUACCCAUUGAACACGUCUUCGAGGGAUCUAAUAAGAAGCGCAUUCGCCUCCUCGACCCGUACAUACUCCGUUUGCGCAGAGAACAACCGCUGCAGGCGUACAAAUUGCGAAGAGUUGAUACCAUAAGCGGUAUUUUGCUUGAUUCUGAAGGUACAACAUUUACCGGAAAUAUCAAACACGUAAAAAGUCGUAUAGAGCGCGACAUAGGCCACUCCGGGAAAAUGGCUCGAGGCCCAAAUGUUGAGAUAGAACAGACAGAACAGACACGUACUAUUCCAUUGACUCCAGAAAGUAUCCAACCGCUUCAAUCUACUACGCUAUCCUUCACGGAGUUUGCGUCACAGGGAUCUCAAAGUUGUGCUAAUUCUCUGAAUGAAAUAUGUACAAAUCAAAUGAACACUACUCUAAGUAAGCGCAAGAAACGCAGCGAACAUAACAUUGUGGUGGAAGAAGCCAGUGAUGACAAUAAACAGUGGAAGUCAAAAGAACGUUAUUACCAAAUAUCAGAACCUGAAAGAGAUUCGGGUGAUAUCUUUGAGGAGAGAUCCAUUGAUGACGAUAUUCAUCAUAGACUAGCGUUCGGUAACCAUAAAAAAGAGUCGGCAGGGAUGGCUGUCACUGAACCUCUGCCAGACGAAAGUGACCAUCAUAAGAAAAUGCGUACUCGCACCUUAAAUACUGAUUCUAAAGCAGGGAGGAAUAAAAAUUCAGAAAAUUUUAGAACGAACUCUCCCUCUAUAAAAACAAAGGAAAUUAAAACUUCGAUGGCUGCUGAUAAGCGAUUUGAUGAUAGAUAUAGUGAAGGUGAUGAUUAUAAUAAUAAUGUUGAACGCGAAGAAGCCGAGCGAGAUUACGCUGUUUAUGAAAUAGGUCAUCCGGAAUUAUGGUAUACGGUCCACGUACAAUUGUUUGAAAAAUUAAGCACUCCAGAUGGGAAAACAGUUUGGAAUGACUUGACCAAAGGCGAACAAGCAAGUGUAAGUUCACUGUCACCCGAAUGGAUUGGCCAAGACCUGACAGUUCGGUAUCGCCCCGGUGAAUGGAUCCCUAGAGAAGAAUUUUCUUUGCCUACAAGUAACUUGUGCCUCCUAGCUCCGAUACGAGGCUCUGAUAGCGUGCCUUACAAUGUUGAAAACGGGAACAUAUCAAGUGGUAUUUCUGAAGAUGGAGGCUACGUUGUCCUUCCUCAGGAAGACGUCAUGGGAUUGAAAGACGACGAUAACAUCUUCAAACGAAACGAUAACGGUUCGGACUCAGAUGAUAAUCCAAAACCAGAAGAACUAAGUGAGCGCAACGAACAGGGUCAUCGAAGAGUAGUCGUCCGUACAUCAAGGGCUUUAUUGAGUGGAAGCGAAGAGAAAGUAAAUAUUGCCUUCCAAGGCUCCGAUAAGUAUCUAACGCUGCCACAUCGGCGUCCACAUCACGCGCAAAUCGAUUUAGAAGCAAGAGCUGAUGAAAAUGAGCUCGUUCGAAUUGGCGCAUCUGGGCGUAUUGCAAUUGCUGUAGCAGAUAGCACACGAAGAACGCGCACAAUAAUAACACUGCAAGUUGGUAAUACGGGACUAGCUGCGGCACGAUUCAGAGUCAUAACGAGGGACUGUGGGCCAGCUUUGUCCGACUUCGUGAAUGAGAAAAAUAAACAAUUGACGAUGGCUGGACCUGUGCUGAUCCCGCCGCGCCAUACAAGAACUGUGCGACUAGAGCUACCAGUCGAGAUUCCUAUCGAUGUCGCCCAUUGUUCCGUCUCAUUAGUGAAUGAUGAAGAGAAGUCGAUAGCUGUAAGAGAAGUGGCCAUAAAAAAGGGAGACCGGUGCUUUUGCGUCUGGCAUUGCGACUGUGUGUGUCUAACGGAAGAUCCCAGGCUCCUCUGCCGAGAGAUGGCAGAGGCUCGGCAGUCGGCCGCAGGGCUCUCGAGUCGCGGCAGAACUCGGCAUGCUCGCUCGUGCUGUUACCGUGACGUUGUAUCACUCAACGUAUUCGUCGUCUUUGCUGGCGUUAUUGUGACGCUAUUAUUUUUUGGUUGCUUAAAAGCAUUUCUGGGGCUUAUCUUUAGUUGUAUCGGCUCUUGGGGUUUGUGUCAUAUAGUCCAGGUGCCCCGUAAACUUGAUCAUUACUAUGAAGCCAGCCUAAAAUGUCGCCCCGUUGAAUACGAUUGUGAGGGCUAUGCAGUUCAUCCCGAUACAAAGGAGAGGACUGUUCGUAUGUUCAGCAGAACCAUGGAAUUUAUACUAAAUGUGAUAUUCUUUGUGACUGUGCCUUGCAUUAUCGUUGCGGACUCGAUCAAGGGGUUGAUCUCACAUUUUAGAACCAAGAAAACAGACAAUGGUGGUAGGAUGUCAUGCCAGAGCAAUAGUAAAAAGUGUUUUAGCACACAGGACAUGCAGGGGAUGGCGUUGCGCUGGCGGCGGCGUCGCGGUGGCCUGCGUAGGUGGAUGACACCUCAGGCACAGGAACUAUCUAAAGAACUUUGGAAGGAAGGGCUCUCUCCGGUCAAAUGCGAAUUUAUGCGGCCGCUGCUACGGGAUAUCCGGCACGAGCCUUCAUUGCUCACCGAGACGCGCUGCCCCGACUCAUGCGCCGACUCCGAGCAAGACGACACGGACUACGUCCUCACUCAGAUGCAGAAGAGUAGAGAAUCACUUUCUAUUUUGAAGCAAAAGCCAAAGUCCUGAUCGGCAGUAAAAAUGCAGUACGCAGUAUACAUGCUUGAUCUACAAUAUUUAUUGCCUUGGUUUUACUAAUACGUUUACAUACAUAUUCAUAUUUGUUUUAAAGUUAUAACUAUAAUAAUUUUAAUAAGUAUUUUGGGCCCGAUUGUUAUUUGAGUCAAUUUUAAGGUACAUGCCUUCACAAAUAGGUAAGUAUGAUGACUGUUAUAAGAAAUUGAUUAAAGACUUAUAUUAA